AACAGGAGACUAGCAGCCUCUGACACCCACAGGCACCCAGUACCAAGAGCAUCAGUCCUGAGCGCAUAUGAGCAUUACAGCAGCCAGCCUCACUCUCUCUCUCUCUCACUUCUCUGUCCCCUUGACACUGCAGGGGUGAAUACUGAAUUCAGCAAGCGCUUUGCUCUCCCCCUCAUUCUGUUUUCACAGAGCUCUGCACAAUGCUGAGAUGAGAGAGGGAGAGACAGAGCGUUAGAGAGAGAGGGGGCAAGUUAAAGAGAGCCAAAGAAAGAGCGAGAGGGCGAGCGCAUUACAGAGAGUGAUUGAGGAGAAGACCAGAAAGAGAGCGUGUGCGCGAGAUCGAAGAGUUUAUUGCAGUAGGGACUGGAGGUCUGGAUUACGCCGCUUUAAUCCCCAAGAGACUUUGUGAGACGUUUUGAAGGCGGUUCACCAAAAUUUCAAGCGCCCCAGGAAUUCCAUGGAUGUUAGUUGUUCUAUUCCGCCGAGGCUUUGUGGACUUCUUUAUACUGGAUUAAUCGCUCUUUUGCCGUCACCAUAAAAGUCACCAGUAUCAAUCUUUGCACCUAAAGGUUGUUCCAAUGCUCAUGGGGAACUGUCUGCUGCUGUUCCUCUGGUGCCUCUUAGACAAAAGCUUCGUCUCUCCCCUCCACUCUUCAUCCCAGAGCAGGAUGGGGAAGGAGCAGCACAGAAACAUGAUGGCACAUAGGAAACACGGCAUGAUGGGAGUUCACAGAGUCAAGAGAGGAUGGGUGUGGAACCAGUUCUUUGUUCUGGAGGAAUACAUGGGUUCUGAUCCACAGUAUGUUGGAAAGCUUCACUCUGACCUGGAUAAGGGAGACAGUAUGGUGAAGUACACACUCUCAGGUGAAGGAGUUGGCUCUAUUUUCACGAUUGAGCCAAGCACUGGAGACAUCCAUGCCUUAAGGAGCCUGGACCGAGAAGAGAAGUCUUAUUACACACUGAGAGCGCAGGCUGUGGACGUGCUCACAGGCAGACCCCUAGAGCCCGAGUCUGAGUUUAUUAUCAAAGUCCAGGACAUCAAUGACAAUGAGCCAAGGUUCCUAGAGGGCCCAUACUCGGCUAGCGUCCCAGAGAUGUCACCCGUCGGCACAUAUGUGACGCAAAUAACCGCCACUGACGCUGAUGACCCUACUUAUGGAAACAGCGCACGGAUCGUGUACAGCAUCCUUCAUGGCCAGCCCUACUUCUCUGUUGACCCCAAGACAGGGAUCAUAAGAGUUGCCUUACCCAACAUGGAUAGGGAAGUUAAAGAAAUGUACCAGGUGGUCAUACAGGCUAAGGAUAUGGGUGGCCAGCUCGGAGGUUUAGCUGGGACAACGACCAUCAAUAUCACUCUCCGUGAUGUCAACGACAACCCACCACGGUUUUCUAAAAGUAUCUUUCACCUGCGCGUCCCUGAAUCUUCACCUGUGGGAUCAUCGGUGGGGAGGGUCAAAGCUCAUGAUCUGGACUCUGGGAAGAAUGCUGAAGUGGAAUAUAGCAUUGUUCCUGGUGACGGAGGAUCCAUGUUUGAUAUUUACAGCAAUAAGAACACUCAAGAGGGAACAGUCAUUCUAAAAAAGCGUCUUGACUAUGAGACCAGAAAGGCCUACACCUUUAAAGUAGAAGCUUCAAACGCAGCUCUUGAUCAACGAUUCCUACACUUGGGACCUUUUAAGGACACUGCCACAGUGAAAGUGAAUGUUCUGGAUGUGGAGGAACCCCCUGUCUUCAGCCGGAUGUCUUACAGAAUGGAAACAUAUGAAGACACACCAGUGGGCAUCAUCGUCGGAGCCAUCACAGCUGAGGACCUAGAUGUAGGCAACAGUCCUGUUAGAUAUUCUGUUGAGCGGAGAAAGGACUCUGAAAACCACUUUGACAUUGACCCUGUUGAAGGAACUCUGUCUGUCAGCGAAGCCCUGGACAGAGAGAGAAAUACAGAACACAACGUCACUGUUGUAGCAACAAAAGUUAACAACCCCCUGCUGUCCAGCAAAGUUACUGUCACAAUCAAAGUGCUGGAUGUCAAUGAAUUUCCUCCAGAACUUGCCUUUGUGUAUGAGACAUUUGUUUGUGAAAAUGCGAAAGUAGGACAGGUGAUUCAGAUCAUCAGCGCCACAGACAGGGACAUGCCCGCUGUCGAGCACCGAUUUUACUUCAAAUCCCCUUCACAGACCAGGAACAGAAACUUCACAAUCAGGGACUAUGGAAACAACACAGCUGGAGUGGUGACCAGACGAGGGGGGUUCCGGAGACUGGAGCAGAGCAUGUACCUGGUGCCAGUCAUUGUGGAGGACGGCGGGUAUCCGAUCCGAAGCAGCACGGGGACGGUGUCGGUGCGGGUGUGCACCUGUGACACAGACGGUUCCCUCCUUUCCUGCAAUGCGGAAGCCGUCUUCUUUCCCAUGGGACUCAGCACUGGAGCGCUAAUGGCCAUUCUGUUGUGCGUUGUCAUUCUGCUGGUGAUGGUAGUGCUCUAUAUGGGCCUCAGAAAACACAAGAAGAAGGACACUCUGAUGUCGUCGAAAGAGGACAUCCGGGACAAUGUGAUCCACUAUGACGAUGAAGGGGGUGGGGAAGAGGACACCCAGGCCUUUGACAUAGGUACGUUACGCAAUCCCAAAGGCAUCAAAGAGACGGUGCAGCUGCAAAAAAUAAGAUCAGAGGAUGAGCCCGAUCGGGCUAGUGCAUGCAUGCCCAAUGAGGACAGCGAGGACAUCCGAAACUACAUCCAUCACUGUCUUCUGGAGAACUCAGCACCUCCGUAUGACUCUCUGGUCACGUAUGCAUAUGAGGGAGAGGGAUCGGUGGCCGAGUCUCUCAGUUCCAUUGAGUCCUGGGUGCUUGAACCCAGGGAGGAUUGCAGAAAUAUCUGUGACUGGGGUCCUCGCUUCAAAACACUGGCUGGGAUAUUUAAAGAGCAUGAGUGUCAGGACACGGAAAAGACGGAAAAUGAAGUACACGCCGAGGCACUAAAUGACAGAAUGGACUGAGAGCAUUUUUACAAUCUCAAAGUUUAUUUCAGGCAUGGCACUUAAAAGAAUAGUUCAAUCUAAAACAUAAAAAUGUGAUGUUGUUCCAAACCAGUUUGUCUUACUGUAUGUAUGAAGAAUAGUUCACAAAGAAGUAAAAAAUGUCUUGAGAGGUUUUUGUUUUGGUUUUGGAAUAAAAAAAAUAAGUUUGUUUUUGUCUAUGCAGACUAUACACUAAAAGUCAGUGGGGGCAAACUGUUGUUUAGGAUCAUGUUGACUUUGAUUAUAUAGACAAAACAGUUGAAACUUCACUAAACAACAGUAAAUGUCAACACCCCCCAACGCAAAAUAAAAUAUUUAAAAGUUAAAAUUACAUUUUUUUUUUGUCUCUAUAGUCUAUAGAAAGAAAAUGGUUGAUAUAUGAACAUAAAAACAGAAUUGAUAUUAUUUAUUUAUUUUCUUUCUUUUUGCAGAAUAAAGUCGAUCAAACUGGUUUGGAACGACAUUAGUGUACGUAAAUGACAGAUUCUUUAUUAUGGGGUGAAUUGUUCCUUUAAAUGAAGUUAUCGCCUAUGGCUAGGGAAAGACACUGACAAGGCUGGCUAUGUGCCUUUCCUAUACCUCAUGAAUAUUUGCGUAGAGAACUGUAUUUUGUCCGACUGCAUUUUAACAUCUGUUUUAUAAACUUCUGCAAUUCAAAGAGUCAAAGAACCAAAAAAAAAAAAAAAAAAAAACCUCUUUGAUAUAAAAAGUGCCUCAUGAACUGCUUUAUUUGUCCUUCAACUGUUGGUAGUAUUUAUAAUGGUAUUUGUAAUGAUCCAAGCAAGAGAAGACUAUAACCUCUGUGUUAAUGGACCAAGAGAAGGAAAGAAUAGCAUAAACAUAACAUUCAAAAAAGCUUUCCCCUGCUAGCAGUACUUCCAAACAUAUUUACCAGCACUUAGCAGGAAUUCUGCCAGGCCAGUGCCCGGAACGUCACAGUCGGUGCUUUUCACUGAUGCCCCAUGAACACAUCUCUCUGGAUCGCCCUCAUAGACUGCCCCAGACUGUGCUGCUUGCUUCCAUGGUGCUUGAGCCCCUCCAACCCUCCGUACUGUCCUCCGGGCCUCUGCCACUAGUUUGAUAGCCACAGGCUCUUUGCACUUGCUGUCUUCCUGUCUAACUGUUGUGGUGGCGCUCUGACAUCACCCUCCAGCGAUUCAUCAGAGUCGUGGCUUUACACUAGAGCAGCUCAUUCCACUGAUUCUGUGUUGGUCAUUAUGAUGUUCAUUUUGACCCCCGUUUUCUAUCUGUCUCCCUGAGAGUAGAGCUAAUGAGACCUCUUUGUCAGUUAUCAAAAGAGAAUAUGAAAGAAUCUCUUAUCCAUUAUUGAUUAAAUUGUAUAAACCUGUGUCAAUAAGAAACUCAAAUGGAGACUUUCGACAAUAAAGUUACUAUGUUUGAGAUAAA